AUGUCUCUCGCAAAACAGGCUCUCAGCGCAUAUCGCGGCGCGCUGCGUGCUACUUCGGUCGCGUUCAACAGCGAUAUCCCCAUGCUCCAGGCUGCUCGCGCGCAGAUAAAGGCGAAGAUGGCUCUUGAAGUCGACCCAGACAUGCCAGACAAGAGCAUCGAGGACCGGAUCAAGCACCUGAACGACGUGUCGCUGUUUCUGCGGCGCAACAUCGUGCAGGGGCGAAAGGAAGAGGACGAGGAGAACAAGUAUUUCCUGAAUAUCCACAAGGACACCGAGCUGGGAGACAACGACGAUAUCAAGAAGAAGAAAGGCAAGAGGAACCCGUUUGGCGGCGAGAUGGCCGGCGGCGGAUGCUGUGGAGGCGGCGAGAUCAAGAUGAACGAGAGACGGGGAUGA